ACACAUCCACGAACAGAACCUCCCAUCGGUAUCUGUCAUUCGCUCAUUUCACGCUCGAAUCGAUGUCUGCCCAAUCGCUUCAGGCUCUCUGGGACGCUUCGGCCAGCCAGCCCUUCAUCGCGGCCACUCCCAAAGACACCCAGUUCUCCGUCGGCUUCUUCUUACUCCUCGGCGGCCUCAUUCUCUCCGGCUUGUUUGGUCUGAACAACACGCUCAAGAACCUCCCAAUCCUCGCAGUCCCGGCAUCGCUCGCAUUCGGAUUCGGUGCAGUAUACAUGAUCUGCGCCGUCGGAGUCUAUGUAUAGGUCACGAUCACCUCACCAAUCUCCUCGAUACAGUCGGCACUCCGAGUCAAAGACCUACGCUCUAUACCGACCGCCUCGCACGCCCGCUCCUUCCACCCGCGUUCCAGUCCAUCGCGACUUCCACCCUGUGACC